UUUUGCGCGCGAACCCUUAAGUGCAAGGGCCGAGGUAUCGUUCCGGCCGGAUUCCCUGGGGUUAGGGUCUCGUGGAUCUGAUCACUGCGGUCUCCCAGCCAUGGACAGCUCAGCCGGACAGCAGCAGGAGCAGCCCGCGUCGGCCAAGAUCCGGAACCUGCCCUGGGUUGAAAAAUACCGGCCCCAGACCCUGGAUGAUCUCAUUUCGCAUCGGGACAUUCUGAGUACCAUUCAGAAGUUUAUCAAUGAAGACCGCCUGCCGCACCUGCUCCUCUACGGCCCCCCGGGGACUGGGAAGACGUCCACCAUCCUAGCCUGUGCUAAGCAGCUCUACAAAGACAAAGAAUUCGGCUCCAUGGUCUUAGAGCUGAAUGCUUCGGAUGACCGAGGGAUUGAUAUUGUUCGGGGACCAAUCCUGAGCUUUGCCAGCACAAGGACAAUAUUUAAGAAAGGCUUUAAACUGGUGAUCUUGGAUGAAGCCGAUGCCAUGACCCAGGAUGCCCAGAAUGCCUUGAGAAGAGUGAUCGAGAAAUUCACGGAAAAUACUAGAUUUUGCCUCAUCUGUAACUACCUGUCCAAGAUCAUCCCCGCCUUGCAGUCCCGGUGCACCAGGUUCCGCUUUGGUCCCCUGACGCCAGAACUCAUGGUCCCCCGCCUGGAGCACGUGGUGGAGCAGGAGAAGGUUUACGUAAGCGAGGAUGGGAUGAAAGCUCUUAUAACCCUUUCCUGUGGAGACAUGCGGAGAGCUCUGAACAUUCUGCAGAGUACCAACAUGGCCUUCGACAAGGUGACCGAGGAGACCGUCUACACCUGCACGGGCCACCCACUCAAGUCUGACAUCGCCAACAUUCUGGACUGGAUGUUGAACCAGGAUUUUAGCACAGCCUAUAGGAACAUUAUGGAGCUGAAAACCGUGAAGGGGCUGGCACUGCAGGACAUCCUGACGGAGAUCCACUUGUUUGUGCACAGAGUUGACUUUCCAUCGUCGGUCCGAAUACAUCUCUUGACCAAAAUGGCAGAUAUUGAGUACAGACUUUCCGUUGGCACCAACGAGAAGAUUCAGCUGAGUUCUCUCAUUGCCGCUUUUCAAGUCACCAGGGACCUCAUUGUCUCAGAGGCAUAGGUUGCCCCAGGCCUUGACCCCAGUGCCCAGCUGGGCCUGGGGGCAAAGGACCCAGUUAUGGACACAAAAUGAGCUGCAGUCACCCCAAGCCUUCCCACUGUAGAUGGGCACCCACCUGAAAGUCUUAUGUUUGCACUGUUUGUUGAGGGGCGAGGGGUGUUCAGGACAGUUUUACUGUGUUGCUUUUCUCUGUACUGCAGGAGGAAAAAAAAAAGCUUUGUUUCCCCAGCAUCGACGCUUCUACCUUUUCAGUGACAGGAAAGUAAUUAGCCUGCCCCAUUUCAGUGGAACACAAAGGCUUCCUCCAAAGCCCAUGCAUGUCCUCUUUGGUACUGUUACGGCCAACACCAUUGGCAAGAAAACAGACUGUGGGGACAAAUGUGGUGCCAUGGGAUAAGCUACUGUCUGCCAUGCAGGCAUCCCAUGGAAGCACCGGUUCAAUUCCCAGCCUGUCGCGUUUGCAAUCCAGCAUCUUGCUAAUGCACUUGGGAAAUAGCUGGAAGUGACCCAGGUAUCUGAUUCUCUGUCACCUACAUGGGUGACCUGGAUAACUCCUGGUUUCGGCCUGACCCAGUUUUAACUGUCAACGGCCAUUUGGUCUCUAACUCUGCCUUUCAAAUAAAUUUAAAGAACAGAAUUUUCUUAUUUAAAAAAAAAAAAACUGGCCUUUUUAUUUCUCCUCUUUAAGGUGAGGAGUUACCAGCAAGUUCCAAAUUGCAAUGUGAAUAGCAGGGGAAAAAGCCUUUUAACUUAAAACACGGAGUGAAGCCUUUGAACACAUCCCUGGGGACCAGAGGCUCUAACGCGGGCUGGUUGAGUGCACAGAAGGCAGAGGUGAGGUUAUACCUGACCAUAGCCAGGACUGCCGAGAGGACCAGGGAGUUUGAACAGAUCUAACAGUACAUCAGCUGUCCUUAUGUCAGUGUCUUCACAAUAAACCAGUUUGCUGACUGGUCACCUUGCAAGUGACUCUCCCCUUGGCCAGCUGCACACUGACUAGUUGAACUUGCUCAUGUUUAAUGCCCUGUAUCUACACUCAGAACAGACCUUGGAGGCUGCUCUUGACAGAAGCAUCAAGAUUCUUAGGAUGGUCUGAGUUGUGGUUUUCAAACAUGGAAUGGUGGGAAAGCAGCUCAUUCAGUACAAGCUACACUUUGAAGCUUGGCCCCUGGUCCUUGGCUGGUAGUAUUCCCCAGUCCUCUGGCAGCCACGACCCC